AGGAUAACACUAAACUUAAACUCGAAAAUAAAACGUUUCCCUUCCGUGCGCUGCAAUAACUCCGGCCUCGCGAUGGGGGCGGGCGCUGCCGCCGUCCCACGUCACGGCGCCGGAAGUGCGGCGGGAGCGGCGGAGCGGUGAGUGCCGGACCGGCGCCGCCGGCCUCUCACCGGCCCCGAGCCCUCGGGAGGAGCGGCCGAGCGCAGGUGCCUCUUUGUAUAUAUAUGGUAACAAUGGCAGAAGUGCCUCCUGACCCUUCGGAGAAACUGGUCAUCAUCCACUCCAAAACUCACCAACACACCAUUCUAGCUAACUUUGAAGAGCAAAGGAAAAAAGAUUUUCUUUGUGACAUUACUCUAAUAGUGGAGAAUGUGCAAUUCAGAGCCCAUAAAGCUUUGCUGGCUGCCAGCAGUGAAUACUUUUCAAUGAUGUUUGUAGAUGAGUGCGAAAUAGGGCAGUCGAUUUACGUGCUGGAAGGAAUGGUUGCUGACGCCUUUGGAGCACUGCUGGAAUUUAUUUACACGGGUUGUGUCAAUGCUACUGAGAAAAGCACUGAACAGAUUCUAGCUACUGCACAGCUCCUGAAGGUGAACGACUUGCUGAGAGCCUACAGUGAGUACCAGGCUGGCCGCAGCCCUGGGGACCCACUGACAAGGGAUUCCAGCAGUAGCACCGCUGUAGCACUUACUGCAGGCGACAAGAAAAGCGAAGAGCUGCCCAAGCGGAAACGAGGGCGACCGAGGAAGAUCAAUAUCGUCCAAGAGGAAAAGCCAGGAGCAAAUUUGGUUGAAGAUGUGCAGCUGAGGGAGAAUAACUCCAUGCAAAAUAAGCAGAAUUUUAUGAAAAAAGACAUGGCAGCAGAAGGAAUAGUUGUCAGCGAACAGGGUUUAGCAAGGAAAGAUGCAGAAGAAACAGAACCUGCUGGUGGAUCAGAAGCUGCUGCUGAUCUGUCAGCUGAGAAAGAUGAGAAUUGUGAUCCCAGGUCAGAAGGAAUGCAAAGCGCUCAGAGCCGUUACAGCAAACGUCGGCUGAGGAGGUCAAUCAGACUAAAAGAUUAUAAACUUCUCGGUGAAGAGGAUGAGAAAGGACUGGCAAGGAGAGCUGAUGGAAAAAGGAAACGUACAGGUUCUGAAGCUCGCUGUAAAGACUGUGGCAAAGUAUUUAAAUAUAAUCACUUUUUAGCUAUUCAUCAGAGAAGUCAUACGGGAGAGCGCCCUUACAAGUGCAGUGAAUGUGGCAAAGGCUUUUCCCAGAAGCACUCUCUUCAGGUCCAUGAGCGGAUGCACACGGGAGAGCGGCCAUACACGUGCACUGUCUGCAAUAAGGCUCUGACAACGAAGCAUUCUCUUCUGGAACACAUGAGCCUACAUACAGGACAGAAGGCUUUUACAUGUGAUCAGUGUGGGAAAUACUUCAGCCAAAAGAGACAGCUCAAGAGCCAUUAUCGAGUACACACAGGCCGUUCAUUGCCGGAAUGUAACCAGUGUCAUCGCAAAUUCAUGGAUGCAGCUCAGUUAAAGAAACAUCUAAGAACACAUACAGGUGAGAAGCCUUUCACUUGUGAAAUUUGUGGCAAGUCAUUCACAGCUAAAAGUUCUCUUCAGACUCACAUUAGAAUUCACAGGGGAGAAAAGCCAUAUUCUUGUGGGAUAUGUGGAAAAUCUUUCUCUGAUUCCAGUGCUAAGAGAAGACACUGUAUCUUACACACAGGCAAAAAGCCUUUUUCUUGCCCAGAAUGUAGUUUACAGUUUGCUCGUCUGGACAACCUGAAGUCUCACUUGAAAACUCACAGCAAGGAGAAGCAGUUUCAAAAAGCCAGCACCACUCCAAGCACCAACACUAAUGCGGAGGAAGUGAGAAAUAUUCUUCAGCUGCAGCAGUAUCAGCUUGCCACCUCUGGAGGGCAGGAGAUUCAACUGCUGGUUGCAGAUACAGUGCAUAAUAUAAACUUCAUGCCUAGCCAUAAUCAAGGCAUUAGUAUUGUUACUGCUGAAAGUGCCCCAAAUAUGGCAGCGGGGCAGGCUGCUAACCUCACGCUGCUUGCUCAGCCACCACAGCAGUUGCAAAACUUGUUGCUUUCAACUCCGCAGGAGCAAGUGGAACAAAUCCAAAACAUUAAUGUGAUGGCAAACCAAAUAGAGACUGCUCACCCUGAACAAAUGCACGUCAUCACUCUUUCCAAGGAAGCACUAGAACAUCUCCAUGCUCAUCAAGGGCAAAAUGAAGAAAUCCAUUUAGCAGGAUCUUCCCAUCCAGAUUAGCACAUGCAGCUGGCUCAGGAAUCAAAGCAACAUCUCACUCUAACCAAGAUACAAUUCCUUCUCAUUGAAAUAGUGAGGAAUAGAAUUAAAAUGUACAUAUUUCUGAAUCCUGCCAGGAGUCUGUGUCAGUAAAUAAGUCAGCUCAUGAGUAUCUGUAUGGGAACUGUUGAGUCACAGCCUGAACCACUGAUUGAUCACCUGAGGCAAGGACUGGGUCAGCCAUGGGAGCACAGGUGAAGGCAAUUCACCUGUGUGACCAGAAGGGGUGGAACCAGGUUCCCCUCCUCCUAGACCCCAUCUAAGGGCUGACUGCUGCUGGGGAAGGAUCUCUUUCUGGAGAUCCCUCCUUUGUGGAGCUUUUCAUCGUGAGCCUAAAUCUUUGGAUAUGGGUGAGCAUUCCUUCUCUAUUUGUUCCUUUGCUAUCUCACUACGAUACUUUCCAACUGCACAUUUGUUGACUGUACAGCAUCCUAUUCAAGCACAGCCUUUUUUAAAUGCUUAUUUGUCACUGGAGGGCUGGGCUUUAGCAUGCUUCUUAUCCAAGCUGUGAUUACACACAUCCCACUUUCUUUUCUGCAGCAUAAUCUUAUCUGAAGAUGCCUUGGUGAUUUUUGGUGGAUGGCUUUCCAUUUUCUUGACCUUAUUUAUUUUAGACUUUUUUUAUUGUUAUCAGUUGGUAUUUCUCCAAGUCCAUACAAGCCCAUGUGUGCCUCAGUGGCACAGUGGUAGGAAUGCCGUGUUGCAACAUCGGAGGCCCAGGUUCGAAUCCCCUGUGACUCAAGUGGUAGAAGUGCCGCUCUGCUACACAGAGGCUUGAAUCCCGGGGGUUGGACUCGAUGAUCUCUAAGAUUCCUUCCAACACGCACGAGACUAUGAUGAGACUAUGAUGAUACCUCACUAGCAAUUAAAACUUUUUUUUUCCUGUGCCUCACACAAACUCAUGGCUCCUGAGCAGCUACAUGGCCCCUUAUUUGCAUUUCCAUGUGACGUUCCAGGGAAGCGUACCUUGUUGGCUGAAGAACAGUGCUAAGAUGUCUGCUGAUCAGAAACUGUCACUUCUCUGGAGUCAACAACACCUGAAUUAGUGUCAAGAUUUUGCACAAGAUUUAGUGCAAAGAUAACGCCUUAUGUCUUACAUCUAACAAACUUUCUCUUUGCAAGUUAAUGUAUAACUUUCUCUGUGACCAUCCCCUUAAGUGUAUUUUGAUUUAUUGAAUACCAAACUUGGUUUGGGUUGAAAUUAUUUAAGCCUUUGGUUCUGAGUUGUCCUUUCCAUUUACAGCAUUCUCUCAGAGUUUUGCUCCUCAGAAACGCUUCAGCCAUUGCACUUGAAUGGUGACGGUGCAGUGGUUAUUCUGGACAACUGAACAGCCCACAUUCUGUUAAUUCCAUCACUCACUUGCUGUGUGACACUGAGCAAGGCAGUUGACCUCUGUGCCUUAGUUUCCUAUCUGUUAGGUGGGGUAAUGUUCAUACACCCUGCCAAGCACUUUGAAGAGCUCUUGAUGUGGAAGGCGCUGUCUGUUGAAGUAUGGAAUUCUCUUCCUGACAGGCCUCAGCCUAAGCUUAGGAGCCAGUUUCUAUUUAAAGUGUUAUUUUUUUGUACUUUUGAGAGCAGAAUGUAAUGUAACUUUUAAUAUGUUUUAAAGAUGGUAAUUGUUCGUGUCCCCAUUAAAAACAAUGAAUAGAAUAACUUCAGAGCGUAAUGAGCUAUGUAAAUGGGGCAUAUCGCGUUAAAACUGUAUGGCUAUUUUUGUUGACUAGAUUAGAUGUGUACAGAUUGUUUUUAAUGACUGCUGACAAAAAAAAAGACUUGACAACUUAAUAAAAUGCGAUGUCAGAGGUUUUGUUUUGCA